GACACUUGUUGCUGCCUUGCUAAGUUUGAUGUUACUGACAAUGAUGCUGGCUCUGUGUGCGAAAAAGAAGCAGCGAUUACCACCGCCGAAAACUGUACCCCUGUCCGAAGUCGUAUCUCAAGGCGGAACUGCAAAUCAACCAACCGAGACGGCACCAUUAGCCAUUCAGACUGUUCCUGCAGCACGGAAAGAAGAGCCUCUACCCCCGAUCCCAGUGGAAAGUGCAGGUGAAAAUGAUCCCAAAGCCCCUCCAGAAAGCAAAGGCGAUACCUACAUGCAGACAUACAGCUUCUCCAGCAUCAAGCGCGAACUUUUCGAGGAAAAAAUACUAAAGAUGAAACAGCGUCAGGGAUUCUUCAGUGAGUUUGACCGGAUAGAGUCAGAGGAAGAGAAGUUCGGCGACCAACUGACAGCCUCUACUGCUGCAACGAACGCUGGAUCAAUCAAGAAUAGAUACACCAACAUCAUCGCAAAGGAUUGGAGUCGAGUAAAGCUCAAGGAUAGAGAAGAAAAUGAAGAUUACAUAAAUGCUAAUUAUAUACAUGGCUAUAAGCAGAAGAAGGCCUAUAUUGCUGCACAGGCACCCACCGAAGCUUGCCUCGUCGACUUUUGGUCUAUGGUCUGGCAGGAAAACGUAAAAGUGAUUGUAAUGGUGGCGCAACUCAUGGAAGGCACCUCAGAAAAGUGCACCAGAUAUUGGCCUCUGAGUCAAGGCGAAGAAAUAGAGCACGGCGACUUCAAAAUAACAUACGUACGGGACGACGAUAUUCAGGACGAAUCCUACACAAGGCGAUUGUUAGAAGUAGUCGAUCAGCGGGAUGGAGUUACACGUACUGUGUGGCAUCUGCAUUACGAAUCGUGGCCUGAUCACGGCAUUCCCGGAACGGAAGACACCAUCUACACGGUGUUGAAGGAUAUGAACAACCUUAGGGCUACUGAAGAGCCGACCGAAUCGGCGCCUGUGGUAGUGCACUGCAGUGCGGGAGUGGGGCGUUCGGGUGUGAUGAUAUGUCUGGACAUAGCCAUCAAGCAGAUGGAAAACGACGGUAUGGCCGACAUCUACAACAUUGUCUUGGACUUGCGCAAGCAUCGAGCGGGUAUGGUACAACGGUCAAAGCAGUACGAGUACUGCUACGAGGCCUUACUGGAGUAUAUCAAACGCAAUGGAAGGACAGAAGCGACCUCUGCAAUGGAAAGCCAAUCCGUAGGGCAGGAAUCAGAGGAUGUGACACACACAACUAAUAAUAAUGAGUCUAAGGACGGUGCUGGAAAUGCAGACGUUGCCGUGACAGGUGGUGAUGUUGUCAGCAGUGAUGCAAAGGGGAAGGGCAAGAUGAAGAUGGAACCAUGCCUGGACUAGUAGUCUGACCUCCGGCAGACCUUCCUAUUAAAUUAUAAGCAAACGUACCACC